CGAUGUCUAGGAAACCAGGGCUAACAGGUUGGAGGGAUUCGUCCACCACUGGCCCCGCCCUCUUGGCUGGCCACGCCCAGGUUGCUUAGGAGAUGAGAAACGCUGAAUCUUGGUCCUGGUCGCGCCGAGCGGGAAGAGUGCCGAGGGAACUCCUCUGAGGUCUGUUCCUGGAGCGUGGCCAUGCAGUGCGUCCGAAGCCUCUACCAUGAGUGGUGCGAAAGUCAGCCACACUGGUUUGAAAUCGGACCCCCGGACUUGCUGGAGCGCAAAGGCUCCCUGACGCUGCGCUCCCACCACAAGAAAUACUCCAAGCCCGUGUUGGUGUAUUCCUGGCACCGGGACAGAGAAGCUUUUCCCAAAGAUUAUGAUAUAGAGAGUUCCGCGGAAGUGAAAAAGCUGUGUAAUUCAACAUAUUGGCGACUUGGAACUGAUGAGCCCCCGAUUUGGAUAUCAGAAACACAUGAACAGAUGUCACAAGUUUGUUUAAACACAGAAUUGGCUGAAAUAAAGAGUAAAGCCUUAUUAAAUGAGGAAACAUUAUGCUCUGGGAUUAUUGGAAGGGACACCGGGUCGCCUGCCACAGGCUUCGGAGCUGUCUUUACUAGACACCCACCAGACUGGGGAAAAAUGUACACAUUGACCACAUAUGCGGAAGAAUACACUCCACCAUAUGACUAUCCAUCACAUCUCUAUGCUAUGGCCUGGGAUGGCAGUAGAAGAUGGCUCAAGUCCUUGGUCCCGUGCACCCAUGUGGGAGACCCGGAAGAAGCUCCUGGCUCCUGGCUUCGUAUCGGCUCAGCUCCAGCUGUUGCGGCCAUCUGGGGAGCAAACCAGCGGAUAGAAGAUCUCUCUCUCUGGCUUUACCUCUCUCUGUAACUUUGUCAAAUAAAUAAAUAAAUCUUUAAAAAAAAUUGGUGUGCAUUCCAAAUUUACCACAAAGGGUUCAUGUAUUGUUACAUGCUAAAGAAAGGACCUGUAUUUGUUUAAUGAUUAUUCUCAACCAUGGUGGGAUUAGCCUGUCCCACCACAAGGAUUCUAAACUCUGGUAUGGACAUAGCAUUGUUAGUGUGUUGAUAUUUCCGUGCUGACUGGAUUAGUUGUGAUUUCAAGUCUCCCAGGACUGUACUGGCCCAUCACUUCCCUGGACUCCUGGGCUCAGGUUUGCAUUAUGACUUUCCAGGGCCAUAAACUCUUUUGCCAUCAGAGGCUCUUUCCUCCACUAAAAAUUUUUAAAAAUAUAUCCCUGAAAGGGGCCAGCACUGUGGCAUAGCGGGUAAAGCCGCUGCCUGCAGUGCUGUCAUCCCAUAUGGGCGCCUCCUGGGAAGGCAGUGAAAGGUGGCCCAAGUCCUUGGGCCCCUGCACCCAUGUGGGAGACCUGGAAGAAGCUCCUGGCUCCUGGCUUCAGAUCGGCGCAGCUCUGGCCAUUGCAGCCUACUGAGGAGUAGUGAACCAGCAGAUGGAAGACCUCUCUUUCUCUCUUUCUGCCUCUCCUGUCUGUGUAACUCUGACUUUCAAGUAAAUAAAUAAAAAUAUUUAAAAAUAUAUAUAUCGCUGAAUUGAGAUAAAGAGAAAUAGAACCCAAAAUGGAUUAUAUUCUUUUUUAAAAUUCAAAGCUUAUUGAAGAAAUCUCUUUCUUAGGCUAUAUUUUCAUAGACAGUUAUAAAGGAUAUCCAUCUCCCUGUAUAAAUAAUAUCUGAAUAUUUGUCUCUUAAGACUGUGUUACUGGUUUUUGUUGGUAUGUGAUGUGACUGUGUUAUUAUUAAUUCUCCUCAAAUUAUUACCAAUGUAUCAAUGAGUGUUAUUACACAAAACGAACACAUGCAGUGCUCAUUUUUUUCUCCUGGGAGGUAUUUUUGGACUUGCAUAUCCUAUUCUAUGUAAAAUUUCUCUGUGUAAUAGCCGCCAUCAGUUUCUCCUCUGAGAUGUUUAUGGAGAUUAUCCUACCAGCAUCAUUUUCUGGCUUAGCCAUGAGUUUCUGUAUCAUUUGAUAGGAUUCAUUUUUCAAAACAGUACCUGCUUUUUUUUAUUAUGCUGAAAUGUACACAAGAUUUUCCAUUUGAAUCCACUUUUAGUAUAUAAUUCAGUGGCAUUAAGUUUAUUCCCAUUGCUGUUUUCAUUUCCAAAAGUUCUUAUUUUAAAGGACAAUCAAAGCACUUUUAUUAUCCCCCUGAAAGUGUUGUGGGUCCUGGGCACUGUGCUUCUUUUGUCUUAAGGCCAAGGUUGCCCGUGGACUCCCCAGAAGCCAGGUGUGUACCUGACUGACUGAAGGCAUUUAGGACUUGCUUACCCAGGCUGCCUGAUAAGUACUUUGAGUGUCAUCCCAGACCAAAAUGUGUUUUAGUGAGAGUCAGAAGCAGACAUGGAGGCAGCACCCUUAGGAGCCACUUAUUUUUUUAAGUCCAUUCGCAUAAAAGAGACUUCUCAAAGACUGAAAUUGCCCUGAGUUUUCUGCUUCUCAGGAACCUUUUAAAGAAGACUUGCUGAAAACAGGAAGAUCUGGAACAGAAAGAACAGGGAAGGGAAGCUAGAGGAAGCAUCACUGUGCAAGCUGAAUUAACUCUCCAUUCUCAGUUCUUUUUAAAAAUAAAUGUUUCUAUUUGAAAGGAAGAGAGGAGAAGAGAGAGAGAGAGACACACAGAGAGAGAGAGAGAGAGAGAGAGAGAGAGACAGAGAGAGUGAGACCAUGUAUCCAUUAUUUACUUCCUAGACGCCCCCACAUCAGUGAGGACUGGGUCAGGCCGGGAACCAAGUACUUGAACUAUCACCAAUGCAUCUCAGGGUGGAAUCGAAAGCAGAACUGGAUUUGGACCCAGGCACACCAAAAUGUGAUGCUGGUUUCCCAAGCAGUGUCUUUACUGUUGCACCAAACACUUGCCCCAUCCCAGUUCUUUUUAAGUACCCCCCCCCUUUUUGUUUGGACAGGCAGAGUGGACAGUGAGAGAGAGAGAAACAGAGAGAAAGGUCUUCCUUUGCCGUUGGUUUACCCUCCAAUGGCCGCUGUGGCCGGUGCACCAUACUGAUCCGAUGGCAGGAGCCAGGUACUUCUCCUGGUCUCCCAUGGGGUGCAGGGCCCAAGCACUUGGGCCAUCCUCCACUGCACUCCCAGGCCACAGCAGAGAGCUGGCCUGGAAGAGGAGCAACCGGGACAGAAUCCAGCGCCCUGACCGGGACUAGAACCCGGUGUGCUGGCGCCGUAGGCAGAGGAUUAGCCUAGUGAGCCACAGCGCCGGCCUUAAGUCCUUUCAUAGUAUCCUUGCUGCAUUCUCUGACCCUAGUCCUCCCCAUGUCCAUUUCACUAUAGACAGUUCUUUAAUUUUCUUCUUCUUCUUUGGUUAUUUCAAAACAUACAAUAGCUUGAAAAGAUGUGCUGUAUAAAUAUGGUCACAUAGAAUAAUUAUGUAUAAACUUUGCUAGAAUAAAAUAGAUUUUGUCAGAUUUUUGCUCGGGAAGAGAUUACAAGAGGAAGGCAGGGAGGAUGGAGGAUAAACAGAGGGAGAAAUGAAUUAACAUAUUGAACAUCUACAGUGUUCCAAGCAUUGGCUUUGUUAUCUUAUAUCUGUGUUCUUGCUUAGCCCUCACAAUUUUCUUGGGAAACCAACCUUAUUAGAGUUAUGUAUUGAGGAACCUAUGUUCCUAAGAGCUUAAUUAUUAAUAAUAACACAGCAGAUAAGUGUCUAAAGUGAACCCAAGUUUUCAGUCAUUUUGUAUAAGCAUGGCUCAGCAAUUAUAUACCCAACAUUUGUAAGCCUUGUUCUCCAUACCUUAAGAUUUAU